AAUUCAUUUGAACUGAACUACCGUAAAAUAGCUGAAUGAACUAAUAUAAAACUAAAUAAUGCGUCAAACUAAUGUCGCAUCUAAUGUCUACGGUUUUCCGUUUCACAUUUUCUUUAGUAAACACGUGUAUGUUCCUAAACAGUGCAAAGUGUUCUCUGCUGCCACAUAUUGGCCGCAUAGGACCGAGUUUCAGGGAAAUCAUUCAUUGUUGCUGUAAGAGGUCCCUCCUGUUGGCACAUUUUCUUUUCUACCUGCUCCUGGCAGCAGGGGAGAAGGUAGACAGGAAGCCCAACUUUGUUCUGAUGAUGGUGGACGACCUCGGCAUUGGUGACGUAGGAUGCUACGGUAAUGACACCAUCAGGACUCCCAACAUAGACAGACUUGCUUCUGAAGGCGUAAAGUUGACUCAGCACAUUGCAGCUGCUCCUCUCUGCACCCCGAGCCGGGCUGCUUUUAUGACAGGGCGCUAUGCACUACGCUCAGGACUGGCUAGCACUGGCCGUGUGCAGGUACUGCUGUUCCUUGGCGGUUCAGGGGGGCUGCCACCCAGUGAGACCACCUUUGCUAAGAGGCUGCAGCAACAAGGAUACACCACCGGCUUAGUGGGUAAGUGGCACUUGGGUGUGAACUGUGAACAGAGAGGGGACCACUGUCACCACCCAAACCAGCAUGGCUUCAGCUAUUUCUACGGCCUGCCCUUCACCCUGUUCAAUGACUGUGUGCCCGGAGAGGGGAGUGACGUCUUUGCAGACCUCCAGCACGCACUCCGAAAUCUGACCAUGUUGCUUGGAGUUGGACUUUUUACACUGGUGUGUGUCCAUGUGUGUGGCCUCCUUGAAGUCAGCCUGUGGAUAUUGGUACCACUUUUCUUUCUCAGUAGCCUAGCAACCGCUGUGUGGUACAUACCCUUUAAAUUCCUGCCGACUUGGAACUGCAUCAUUAUGAGGAACCAAGAAGUGAUCGAACAGCCAAUGACGGUGGAUACACUGCCCCAGAGGCUGCUGGGAGAAGCACAGCACUUUAUAAAGAGGAAUGUUGAUCGUCCAUUCCUUCUCUUCUUCUCAUUAGCUCAUAUCCACACGCCACUCUUCAAAACCCCCGCCUUUGCUGGCAAAAGUCGCCAUGGUCGCUACGGUGAUAACCUAGAAGAAGUGGACUGGAUGAUCGGUCAAAUUACAGAGACGGUGGACUCCCUCGGCCUCGCCAACAAUACUCUGAUGUACUUUACAUCAGACCACGGUGGACACCUCGAGGAUGAUGAUUCCGUCAUCGGCCAGAAAGGAGGCUGGAACGGCAUCUAUAAAGGUGGGAAAGCUAUGGGAGGCUGGGAGGGGGGGAUCAGGGUGCCCGGUAUUUUCCGCUGGCCUGGCAGACUGGCAGCUGGAAGAGUAGUGGACGAACCCACUAGCCUCAUGGACCUGUAUCCAACACUGAAAUAUUUGGCCAUGGACAAACAAUCAGACCGACUGUCAGAUGGCCAUAACCUCAUGCCACUGUUGGAGGGGAAGGUAGAGCGAUCAGAGCAUGAAUUCAUGUUCCACUACUGUGGAGUCUCCCUGAAUGCAGUACGCUGGCACCCAGCUGGAAGUGACUCCGUCUUCAAGGUGCACUAUUUCACUCCCAACUUUUCUCCCCCGGGAGCCGGUGGAUGCUACGACACUAAGAUCUGCCUCUGUCAUGGAGAACACGUGACGCACCACAACCCACCGCUGCUGUACGACCUUUUCCACGAUCCCUCAGAGUCCCGCCCACUGACACCUGAUACUGAGCCACGAUAUGCAGAAAUCCUCGAGCAGACCGCCAAAACGGUGGAGAGACAUCGAAAUACCCUCACAAACGAGCAGGCGUCUGAUGAAGAUCAUUCACAAUCCAAUGCAGAAGCGCACAGCAUUCAAAGUCAAAUGUCAUGGGACAAGAUUUUGUGGAGACCUUGGCUUCAGCCCUGCUGUGGGACUUUUCCAUUCUGUGGCUGCAAAGAGGACACAACACAUAUUUAGACAUGACGCUGCUCUAGAAUCUAGGGCAGGGUUUUCACGGUGCAAUCAGGAGCUUUUACUAUUCCGAGGUUCCAGAGCGUUUCAAGGAUGUGACAUGGAAAGGUUUGGCUUUUAGACUUGUUGAUGUGUUAAAACUCAGGCCAUGCUUUUUUGGAUUUCCAACAAGUCACUACUUGCUAGAAGCUUUGUUUUAAUCUAGCAUUUUAAUUGAUUUUACAAUGCAGUUAAUUGUACUUUUAAGUAAAUUAGAAAUGGGACAAAAAGUCCAUUUCGUUUUGUAAAAGGAACAAUAACAAAUUGAAACUAAACUUAGAAAAAACUAAAUUAUGAAUACUGAUGGAAUUAAAUAAGAAUGAAUCAAUGCAUUGAUUGCAUAUACAUGUGGUAAGUGCAUUAUAACUGUACAUACUUGCAAUAGAGCCAACAUAAGUGUUUUGUUUGCAUUUGUGUCUUUGCUGAAGGAUCUGUUCAGAUGGUGCUGUUAUUUCUUACGAUAAGUAAGAAACAUAAAACCAGUGGUUUAAGUUUGUGACACAAUAAGAGGUUAUUAAAAAAAAUCUAUAUCUAUAA